AUGGCAAAAAGGUUCAAGGAACACCGAGGAGCCACGGAUUGGGAGAUGAACGAAAAGAUCUUCUACACACAGAUUUAUCACUACAUCGUUUGCGAUCCGCUUGAGAACCAGUCCUUCAUCAAGAACUACGUCGCGGGCGCCGGAGAUUCGGAUGCAGCGCUCCUUGUGAUGCCAGUGGACAGCCUCGACUCGGCCAUGGAGCAGGCAACUGAGCACGCUCGCCUGCUCUGGAAUCUUCAGGUGAAGCAGGUGGCAGUCCUUGUGAACAAGAUGGAUAAGGUGGACUACAAGAAGGAGAGCUUUGAUGAGGCUGUUGCCAAGAUCAAAGUCAUGAUGAAGGGUGCUGGCUGGCCGCCAAAGUUUCUCGAGGACAAGCUGGUCUUUGUGCCAAUCUCAGCCCUCAAAGGCGACAACUUGUUGAAGCCUUCAGGCAACAUGACUUGGUGGGCCGGCCAGGAGGUGGGUCCAGACAAGGCUCAGGUGCAAUGCAUGCUCGACUACUUUGACAAGGCCGUCAAGCCGCCUCGCUCGGAGCCCGAUGCCCCCUUGCGCAUGCUGGUGAAUGGCGUUUACAAGAUCAAAGGCGUUGGCGAUGUCAUCGAAGGCCGUGUUGAGCAGGGCACAGUGAAGCCCAAGAUGGCCGUAAUGCUCCCGCCCACACACGUGCCGGGCGUGAAUCCAUGCGAUGGAAACGUCUUCAGCAUCGAGAUGUGCCACGAGCGCGUGGAGGAAGCGGUGCCCGGAGACAUCGUCGCUUUGAAUGUGAAGGGCCUCGAGCAUACCAACGCACCCCGUGCAGGUGAUGUCAUGGUCUUACAAACUGACACAGAGCUGACGGCCACCAAGAAGUUCGAUGCCCAACUCUAUGUCUUGGCGCUGUCCGAGGAAAUCCGCGUGGGUACCUCCCUGACCUGUCUGAUGCGAUGUGGCCGUGCCCAAGGCAAGGUCUCUGCGAUUAAGUGGAAGAUCGCGCCGGGGGAAGGAAGGACCGAGAAUCCCGAGAGCAUUCAGGGCCGAGGUGCGGCUUGCUGCAGCAUUGAGUUGGACACAGCGCUGGUGUGUGAUACCAGGAGUGUGUGCGAACCAACUUCCAGAGUUGCUUUCAUGGCCAACGGUAAGCCGGUGAUGUUCGGAUUGGUCCAGAUGAAGGGCUAG